CCUCAACUCCUUCCUGACUUCUCCUUGUCAUUUGUGUCACUAAUCCUGAUAUUCCAAUACUUUGUUUUUUGCUCCGACGAUUCUAUUUCAACUCCGCUCAGAAUCGCACGCGUGGUCUUUUGUCUCCUCGAUCAUUGUUACCGCUUCUCUUACAAGGCAACUUAUAGACGACUUGAUCAGACAAUCGCCCUUUAAUAUCAGUCAAGAUGGCGGACAAGGACAAGGAUAAACAGUACAAAUACCGCCAGGAAAUCCAGCAGCCGUCAGAGCUCAUUCUGCGGCGUUCGACACGCAUCCAGCGAUCACAAUCGGCGAGACCAUCACAAACUCCCAAGCCGUCAAGAAAACCGAAGACGACCAGUUCGGCGAGCAAUACCACCCCUCAGAUCUCGCGAGGAAGGCCUCCUACCAGGUCUUCUGGCCCACGGCCACAGCAGGUCUCUACUCUCGAAAGCCAGCGGUCACUAACAUACACCCCUACACGUCGUGCCUCUACGGGCAGCGCUCCAAAGGAGCUUGUGGAGAGUUCCGCCAACAGUCCAGGCGUGCCUUCACAGCUUGUGUCCGCGGACCCAGUCAUUCACUCGGGGACCGCCUUAGCGACCUCUUCCGAGCAAUCAUUCCAGGAUUCGGGGUCCCUCCAUUCUGGAUCCCCUAUUUCCGGCAUCUCUCAGACACUUUCAAUUUUCCAGCAUUCUUCUGGCCCUUACAUGGAGGAGGAUGAUCAACAACUGUCCGUACCAUCAUCUGUCUCGAUGUCUAUCAGUAGCGGAUCCGAACCUUCCCCGCGUGCCGAUGUGUCUUAG